AUGAACAACGAAACUGAAGAAUUUCCUGAUAGGAAUGAUCAAAUGCACGAAUGCAUGAGCAAAAGCAAGGACAUUAGUUCGUACACCAACGUUUCUCCAGUCACCCUCGGCAUGGACAAAGUUGGCAGCAGUGCAUUAGCAAUAUCCACUACUGAUGCAAUCCGCUCAUUUUUAACAGCAUUGUCUGUGAACCUUGACCUUUCUAAGGACGUGAGAGACCUUGCGUCCUCCCUUUCCCAGCACCCCUCUGUGUCAUAUAAAUCUCUCAAGUCUAUUUGGAUUCAAUCUGACCGGAAAACUCGGCCUGAUCUUCUGAAUUUGCUCACUCGUUCCAAUUUCCAUUUUACAAGUCCUGUGCCUAGAGAAAAGGUUGAAGAAACUGUCGGUAGUGGCAGAGAAGAAAGAUAUGCAGAAUUGGUGAAGGAUAUUACUCCCAAGAAGUCCAUGGAGGAUCCUUUCUCUUCGUACAAAGAUCAAUUAGGAUUUGGUUUGCAUGUUGUUGUUACUAUGUUCACCGGCUAUUUGGUAGGAUAUGCUGCAUUUAGAGCCCUGUUCAGCCACAACGUUGCGAUGAGUGCUGCUGGAGGCAUCCUUGGUUUGGUUGUUGGUAUGCUCGUCGAAACACUUCUUUUUAUUAUACGAUUUUCCAGUUUGGAUCAGCAACCCAAAUCUUUCGCAUCGAAGACUAAAAAGGAUCAGUGAGCGUUAACAUAGGUGUGCAUAUUGUUGUUUAUCUUUUAACAUUUUUUCUGUUAAAAUAAUACUAGUAUCAAAACGGAAUAUAUUCUGAUUUUUAGGUGUUCCUGAAUACUAUUUGCCUAUUUGGCAAUGAGGAAACGGUAUUCUCUUUGCUUAGGAGUUGAACUUCUUGAUCCUCAGUUCCUGGCAGCCUUUCAGAGUCUCUUUUAUCCUGUUAUGAUCCAAAAAGUUCUGUUUUGUGGGGGCUUAGUUAGAUCAGGGGUUGUAUUAGGUAAUAGCCCAAUUUCUCUUCCUUAUUCAUUAAGCAAUAAGCGGAGCAUGCAAUCAAAUGUAGGUUGUUUUGUUUAUGCUUCUGUAUUAGUUUCGCCAACUAAUUGAUGAUUUUACUAAUCAGUUGUAAUAUAUUAUCUCAAAUUAAAAGGGGACGGAAAAGAUCUACAAAGAAAGACGAGAUUUAUGGAAAUUUGAAUGAGAAUGUGUUUUGGCAAAGUACGAUGGACACACAAGAUCCAUAUUUUGACCAGAUUUAGUUAGUUGUUGCUGUUGCAGAGCAUUUUGGCAAAUAUUGGGUCCAUAAUGAGACAAUGCUGGUAAUCUUCUUGUCCUAAACGAAGAGCUUGUUUAGCUUUAUCACUGAAGAAUACUUUUGAUGUUGUACUGAGGUUUCAAAUUUCGUAGCAACUGCUAGUUUCUUCAGGAAUCUACCUUGUUAUAGUUGUCCCAUACUGAAGUAAGCAGAAUUACAGAACCAGCUCUUUAUUCGGUUUACUGGUUUAUUUUCAUAAGAGCAGUUCCAUACUUGCAUAUGGGAGGUGGUUUUGGGUGCAUUUAAGUCUGCAACGGUGAAUUCUUAGACUGCUGGAUUUGGGUUCCAAAUUUAAGGUAAGAACAAGUAGAGUAUAAUUGUACAUCUAAGGAAUACUUUCUUUGCUACUUUCCAUAGCAAC